AUGUACUGGAUAGUGCUGGUGGUUCUUUUGGCUCUUACAGGUGGGGCUGGAGCUGUUGACGAGAUCAUGACCAAAGAGCAAGUUAAGCUACCACAUGACGACAUUGUGUUGAAGACGGCUCGGCACUUAAGGUCGUAUGGGGGAUCACCUGGGCGUGACAUCAACACUAACUUCUCUACUGAAGACGACGAGAGAGCGAUAGAAUUUACGAAACUUGCGAAACUGGACGAUGCGCUUUGGAGAAUACGCAAACUUGACAUGAAGCUGACGAGACAGAUGUGGAUUCAUAAUAACAAUAGCCCCGAGGAGGUGUUUAACCGUCUCCGUCUUUCAAAACUCGGAAUAGACAUUGAUGAGAGCAGGAAGACAAUCCAGUGGUUUCGAUUCGUGAAUGAUUACCGUGCGGCGAGGGGAAGUGAGGAGUUCUCUGAUUAUCUCAUUUACGAGAUUCUGAAGAGGAAAGGCAUGCUAUCGGAGGCUAAAAUUGCAGAUCUCUUCCAAGCGCUUGCACAUCUCCCCGAUCUUAAAAAUCUGGCGGAGAUGGUGCAGAAUUUUCAGUACAGGGUGUGGAUCGCAGAGCGCAAAACUCCUGCUGACGUCGCAAGAAUGCUAAUGGUUCGAAUCUCCGGACCCAGGCCAAUCGACAUUCCUGCAGACCCUCGAUAUACAAUUCUCGAUGCCUAUAAGAAGGUGUAUAGCUCUGUACAUCCAACCCCAUAA